AUGACUUCUUUGAUUAAUGAUGCUGCAUUGAGCACUGACUCUUAUAAUGGUAAGAAAUUGCCAAGUUUGCUAGAUGAUUCUUAUCUGUUAGAGAAACUAGAGGAAUUAUCACUAUCUGUGGAGAAUAGCAAUGAUAUUAAACCCCUAGAUGCUAGUGUUGAUGAAUCUCUAGAGGAAUCCAAUGUCGAAAGAUACUCGAAGUAUGCUAGAUAUAUCGAUCAAUUGAAUUCAAAUAUCGAGGAAUAUAAAGUUGUAUUAACUCAAACAAAGACAGUAAGUGAUCAAGUGAUUAAAAUCAUCAACAAUUUCGAGGAUAUAUCAAAGGAUACUAAUGAAUUCAUCAAUGAUACCAAUCAAUUGCACGGAGAAUAUAUCAAAGUUUCAAAACUGCAUGAGGCCAUCCCUGAGUUCUUGCAAUAUUUUGAAUCUUUAGAUCCAAUUAUGCGUAGAUUAAAACAUGCAACAUCUGCAAACAUAGUAAGAAAGGAUUCAUUCAAGACAUUGAUGGUUAAUAUCGAACAAUCUCUGCAAUUCUUAGAUGAACAUACAGAUUUCAAAGAUUAUGAUUCUUAUAGAAUUAAAUUUAAACAGUGUUUAAUUAGAGGUUGUGAAUUGAUCGCUAACUAUUUGAAAAACUUAUUAAGACAUUCAUACAAUGAUGUUUAUGAUAUGAUUAAGAGAAACGUAAAUGACGAAAGUUCUGGUUCAAGGGAAGCUUUGAUCUAUAUCAAAUUCGCUACUAUUGCUGAAGAGUUUAUGUCACAAAUUACAGAACUAGCGGGUAGAUCUAAUAAUAAAAAUCUAGAAAGAUAUUCAAACGAAAUAAAUUCUAUCUUGAACGAUUGUUACAAUGAAUAUUUCCAUACUCGUUGGAGGUUAUUGAAUUCUGCAAUUCAUACUCGUUUAAAUGAAUUUGAUAGUGCAAACACUGGCGAUCUUUCUUUGAUUAAAUUCAUUCAAGAUACUAAAACUUAUUUCCAACAGUUAUGUCUAGAUGAAUACAGAUUGUAUAUCCAAUUUUUCCCAGAGAAAUACUGCAAACCAAGUAUUAAUAUGUGGUUUUUAUCUUUAUGUGAACCAUUUUAUGAUUCAUGCACAUCAAGGAUAUUAAGAGAAAAGGAUAUUACAGCUUUAUGUGAUGCUCUUACCCUAUUUAGCAAGUACUAUGAAUUUGAAGAAGGUUCUGAGGAAUAUUUGAAACAUUUUAAAGAAGUUCAAUUCGACAAAGUUUUCCAACCAAUUGUACAAACAUUACAACAAAGAUUGAUCUUUAGAGCUCAACAAUACGUUGAUAGAGAAAUUGUUCAAUAUACACCAACUAUUGAUUCUUUCAUGAUCACAAACAGAAAGACAGCACCAAAUGGUAGUAAACCGCUUGAUUUUGAAAACGAUUCAAUUUUAAAAGCAUAUAUAGAUGGUUUCAGCAAUAAUACUAUGGACACUGAUGAAAUAGAAAAUAAAGAAACAUUGACAUCAAGAGAAAUUGAAUUAGAAAAAUGUGAAUCUUUCUACCCACCAUUAAUUAAAGCCAUUGCUUUAUUAUCUAAAAUUUAUGAAAUGAUACAUACCGUUGUAUUUGAUGAUUUAGCACACCAUAUCGUCCAUGACUGUGUGCUAUCUUUAAAAAAUGCAUAUGUAAUGGUUGUAGCAUCAACCAGUGAUGCUGGAUCCAACAAAUUAGAUAUGGAUUUAGCAUACCUAAAGAACUUGUUAUUACUUCGUGAACAAAUUGAAAAUUUCAAUAUAGAAUAUACAGUUACAGAGACAUAUUUGGAUUUCUCUGCUGUCGAAAGUUUUUUCAGAACAAUUCGUGAAGGUGCUAAAUUCAAGAGAUCUGAGUAUUCUGUGCUAUCAUUGGCAAGAGAUCUAGUUCCAAAGGUUGUAAAUAACAUGGUUGAUGCACGUUAUGAAUUAAUGCAGGAAUUGAGGAAUAUCAUUAAAAACUUUACUGAGGCAGCUUCUAAGGAUAUUGUCAGAGAGACUUUUAAAUUUCUACCUGGAGACAAAGGUGAGAGUCUAAUAGCUAAGAAUGUUGAAUUAAGAAGUAAUAUUGAAGACCGUUUACCACGUAUAUUCAACCAAAUAUCGACUUUCAUAGAUGAUGACGGGAUUGUAGUUCAUUUGAUGGAAGCCAUUCAAGAAGUUGUCGUUCAUUCUUAUUCUGAAUUUUUUAAAUCAAUAUCUGAUAGACAAAAGGCUGGGGAGUUUGAUAAUCUCGAUAUCUCUGAACUCAUGGACAUAGCUGUGUUUUCUGAUUUUUUUGAAACGAUAACCAAGAAAUUAAUUUCUUCUCAAAAUGAAAAGGAUCAAAAUGUUAUAUAA